GUUUCGGCAAAUAACUGCGAUGGAGUCACCCCUUCAGGCGGAGCCUCAGCGAUGAUUCACGGCAAAGUUACUCGAGAGCAGGGAGGCUGUCGGCAGGCAGACGUCCAAUGUUCGUCGGGGAGAACAUGCUGUCUCUGUGCCUCAUCUGGGGUUUUGUCUUGCACAGCUCAGGACAGCUGUCUCACGUCCAGCAGUACGAAGUGGUCCGACCUCAGAGACGUCACGAGAGACGGGCCAGGAGCCUUCAGGACAACCAGGUUUAUCCUGACGCGCUUCAGUAUGACCUGAUGAUCGAAGGCAGAAAUCACUCUGUUCAUCUGGAAAAGAACAGGAAUCUUAUUGGUGAAAGCUACACCGAAACAUUUUACUCAGAAGAUGGAAAAAGGGUGACGACAUCGCCAAAUGAGGAACACUGCUUCUACCACGGACAUGUUCAAGGUGAGGCCGACUCCUCGGUCAGCGUGGGAAUCUGCUCGGGCAUCAGCGGCUUUCUGAGAGUCCGGCGGCAGGUUUACCUGAUCGAGCCUCUGGGACAGACUGUGGACGAAGAGCACGCCGUCUACAGAUGGGAGCACCUGAAGACGCCCGGCCAGCCCGGCGCCGGCUUCUCUUCUAACGCCUCCAUGUUGUUUGAUCGGGACCAGAACCAGGAGCCGAACCCUCAGCCAGAAGGCCUCUUCAGGUCCAGAUCAUGGAGAACAAAAUCGCCACCAGGGCCUCAGAAGUUUGUCGAGCUGUACGUUGUGGUGGACAGCACCGAGUACAAACAGUAUCGAGACGAUACCAGGUCGCGUAUUCUCGGUGUUGUGAAUCACAUCGAUAAGCUGUACCGCUCCGUCAACAUCCGCAUCAUGCUGGUGGGCUUGGAGAUUUGGCACUACAAAGAUCUCGUCGUCGUGGACGGAGACCCGGACAGGACUCUGGAGAACUUGAUGGUGUGGCGCCAGGCCGACCUCUCGAAGAGAGCGCAGCAUGAUAACGUCCAGCUCGUGACGGGCAAAGACUUUUCUGACGACACAGUCGGACUGGCUAAUAAGUUCGCCAUGUGCACCGUGAACUCUGGGGGAGUCAAUCAGGAUCACCACGGUAACCCGCUCGGCCUCGCCUCCACCAUUGCUCACGAGAUGGGGCAUAGCUUCGGCAUGUCCCACGAUGCUGCGGGGUGUGUGUGUGGUCCAUCUUACAGCAACAACUGCGUAAUGACUGAAAAGCUCAAUGUUGGAGGCCACGGCUUCCCAGACUUUUUCAGCGACUGUAGCAUCCAGCAACUCGCUCAGUUCAUGGAGCGCGCUCAGCCCAGCUGCCUGGACCCACCAGGCCGCAUCAGCACCAUCACAUUGGGCCCCCACUGCGGUAACGGCCUGCUGGACCGUGGAGAGGAGUGUGACUGUGGCACAGCAGAGGAAUGCAUCAAUCCUUGCUGCGACGCCUCAACGUGUCGCCUGACUGAGGGAUCUCAAUGCGCUCAUGGAGAAUGCUGCGAAAGCUGUCAGCUGAAGGCGUCUGGCAGCAUCUGCCGGAGAGCUGCCGGUGCAUGUGACCUCCCUGAAUACUGCAGCGGUGACUCAGCGGAUUGUCCUGAAGACAGCUUCGAGAUGAACGGCAAGCCUUGUUCCAGCCAGGCGCCGGGCUACUGCUACGACGGCCAGUGUCCCACGCGAGCGAAGCACUGCUGGAGGCUGUUUGGAGAAGGAGCUAAAGAGGGCCCUGAUUUAUGUUUCGACCUGAAUAAACGGGGCCAGGAAGGCGCCAACUGUGGAAGGGAUGGACAGAGCUUCAUUAAGUGUUCCCCUCAGGACCUGAAGUGCGGGUCCAUGUUUUGUGUUGGAGGGGAGGAGCCAAUCACAGGUAAACAUGCAGUCUUCAACGUGUGGGGUGCGGCGUGUAGGGUUCUCGUCGAGGUGGACAGAACCAGAAACUUUGACAUGGUGCCGAAUGGAACCACGUGUGGAGACAAUAAGGUUUGCCUCAGCAGUAAAUGUGUGGACGUCUCAGUUUUCGGCAGAAGAGAGGACUGUGCAAAGAAAUGCAACAACAACGGGGUAUGUAACCACAAGCAUGAAUGCCACUGUAACCCUGGGUGGGCGCCGCCGCACUGUGACGUCAAAUAUGCAGACAUAGCUAAAGGUCAGACCAUGAUGAUAGCUGGGGUGUGUGCAGGGAUCUCGACCCUGCUGGUCGUCGCUCUGGUGAUCGCAGGACUGAUGUGCUGCAGGAAGAGCAACAUAAGGGACAGACACAUGUAUAAGAGGAAGAAGCAGUCACCUCCUUGUAAACUGAACCCCGUGUUCCAGGAAAAAGCCGUCAGAGACAGACCUCAGAUCAGCCAGCCCACUCUGAUGGAGUCCACCUCCUCUCGGGUCUGCAGCCCUCUGGUUGUUGCCGUGACUCCCUGCAGACCUUCUCCACAGCCUCCUCCCAAACCCUCUUCAGUUUCCUGCACCUCUGAGACCGAGCCGAUGAAACCCGUACCUCCAUCCAAACCUUUAUCUCCUCUGAAUAAACCGCAGAAUCCUGGAACCAAACCACGUCCUCCAGCCGUACCGCCGGUCAAACCCUCCCCUCCUCGGGUUGCCAGAUUCAAGCCUCCUCCUCCUCCUCCGCCGCCGCAGGCGAAGCCUCGCUUCAUCAGACCUGCGUGACGUUCUGGUCAGUCCGAAGGGUUGAAAACAGACGCGGCCCACCGACGGUGGAGAAGCUAAAGUUCAAGUAACUUUAACAACUCAAGGCUAACAUUUGCACAGCUGCUGUACAACUGUGACGUUUUUACUCUGUUUGCAAAAAAAAAAAAAAAAAAAAAAAACUCUUCUACAUUUUUACAUCAAAUACCCACAUGCACUUUGA